AUGGCCGCGGUUCGUAAGCGGGUAUGGCAGUUAUCUGGAAUCGGAGCUUUUGGGGCUUCCAAAUCCAAAGUGUCGUCAUCAUUCGAAAGAGCAAUAUUCCAUCCUUUUCCUAUUUCGGGGUCAAGACAUUUUUCUCAAUUGGUGAAAUCCAACAGAAAACACUUGUUUCUCGUCGACACCUUAGCCCUCGUUAGGAGACUGGAGGGGGAAGGAGUACCCUCGAAGCAAGCCGAAGCAAUAACCGCUGCCAUGACCGAAGUUUUAAAUGACAGUCUCGAAAAUGUGUCUCAGUCGUUAGUAGCUAAAGGAGAAAUGCAGAAAACUGAGAUGAUGCAAGAAGCCAAUCUGUCCAAGUUUAAAGCAGAGGUGCAGAGCUCACAGGGACAUCAUUUUUCUCUCUUACAACAUGAGACUGAGAAGCUUAGGAAUGAUAUAGAGAAGAUGCGUAGUGAGUUAAGGAAUGAUAUAGAGAAGAUGCGUAGUGAGUUAAGGUAUGAGAUAGAUAAAGUCACUGCUGGACAGCGAUUAGAUUUGAACCUUGAAAGGGGGAGAAUAAGGGAGGAAUUGGCUGAUCAGAGUGCUGAAACUAACAACCUGACAAACAAACUUGAUAGAGAGAUCCAUUCUUUAAGAGCACAACUGGAAGCAGCCAAAUAUGAUGUUAUAAAAUACUGCAUAGGAACACUUGUUUCGAUCUCUGCCGUUGGUCUUGCUGUGUUACGCAUCUUGAUGUAA